AUGGCUGCUGCACAUCAACGUAUUCGACGCAACCGUCGUUAUGCUAGGGCACUGCCUGCUCCACGGGUUUUUAGAGAUCGGAUGGACCCUUUAUCUUACUCUGACGAGGAACUCUUUGAGAGAUACCGUUUUAGAAGGCCCACCAUCUUGUAUAUUCAUGAGGAAUUGCGGUUUGGUUCAGAACGCGAAACGAAGAGGAAUAUGGCUCUAUCCCUGAUUCUGUCUCUCAUAUUAUGUCUGAGAUUUUUGGCCACCGGUGCUUCACAAUUGCUGAUAGGAGACAGCCUCCACAUCUCCAGGAAUGCUGCCGGUAGGGAAAUUCGGGCUGUGACUUCCUUAAUUAUCCGCGCCUUCAGGCGAGUUAUCAUCUUCCCUGUAGGUGAAAUGGCACAUAAAGUUAUGGAGGGAUUCAGAAAGAUUGCGGGUGUACACGUCGGACUGAUUCUCGGGGACUCCGGAUACUCCUGUACGCGCUACUUGAUGACUCGAUACAAUGCUCCCAUGAACGAAGCACAAGAAAAUUUUAAUAGAUCAUAA